CAGCAGCGGACCUCCUCGCCCGCCAGAGGCCAGCCCUCGGCCACCAACAACACCAUGAAUCGACCAAACGCACAAAUAGAUAGACGCCUGCGAUGAGGCGGCGCCGGGCCGCAGCCCUCUGGGCUGUGGCCGUCACAAGCCUGCUGGGGGCUGGGCAGCCCCAGGAGGGCGCCCCGCCGCAGUGCCUGCCCGGCGACGCCAAGACCUGCAGCCCCGGGCUUGAUCUGGAGGACGCACAUGUUGCGGUGAGGACGGCCGCGGCGGCGCUGUGGAGUCGCGACGAGGUCGAGGGCCGACGGCGGAUCGACAGUAGUAGAGAGGCGCUGCCCAACUUCUAUCUUGAUUAUGUGAACGAGACCGUGCGCAUCGCGCCGCCGCGGCCGGUCGCGCCGUGCCUGGGCGUGCAGGUCGUGCUCGGCUUCUGUCGGGGCGGCGCGGCGACGGUCGGCGCGUUUCAGAGGGAUGUGCUCGCGCCGGCGUUGCAGCGGUCCGUGCCGGCGGCGGCCUGUUCAUUGAAUGACGCGCCGCCCGUCCAGUCCAAGGGCGGUCCAUCGAUUGCUGGGAGCAGUAUCCUGAAAUCGAACGCCCUGGACGCGUUCAAACGAGGUACACUUAGUAAAGAUAGGACGGUCUACGUGGCCAUGGGCGAGCCAAAUACUAGAAGGGAGCUCGCCUUGGCCGCGGCGGAGCACGUGACACUGUUGACCCAAGCUGAGCUCGCCUGGGGCAUUCACGCGGAGCCGGAACUACAAAAUAGGCCGACGUCCUACUUUUUGCUGCUCCGAGAUCCGAUAUCUCGCUUGUUGAGCGACUUUGUCGCGUGGCGCGACGAGCCGCCGACUUCCUUACGAGCGCGGCACCCGCUCGCCAUAAAAGCCAAAAAGGGGAUCCGCGAGUUCGCCGAGGCCACCGCGAACUAUCAUUUACGGUUCCUGGGCAACGACACGCGCUGCGCGCCGCGGCGGUCGGCCUGCGCGUCGCUGACGUCGUUUGAUCAAUCGCUGAAACGCGCGAACGCGCCGCGGUCGCCCCUCUCGUCGGCGGUCGCGACGCAGCCCUGCCACCUGGACUACGGCGCCGAGGACGCGCGCGUGUUCUCCUGCGCGUUGGCGACGCCCGAGAAUAUUUUGAGGGAGCACUUGGCCUACGUGAAGCGAAACGUGCACAGCCUGUAUUUCGCCGUCGGGCUCCACGAGCGGUUGGCGGAGUCCAUGGUGCUCUGGCGGGCGGCCGCGAGGCACCACGACGCCCAGAACUGGCCCGCGCCGGCCUGCGUGCCGCGGCUCGCGCCGCAGGCGCCCGCGCGGCUGCGGCUCGAGCCGGGCGACGUCGACGUUAUUCGGGAGCUGAACGCCCUGGAUCUCGAGCUGUACGACACGAUCCGCGCGGCGUUCCAGAUGCAGCUCCUCUCUGCCAAACGGCACGCGGGGCCCGGCGUCGCGGAGCUCCUCGCCGCGGCGCGGAACGGGUCGCUGCCGUCGUGCUCGCCCGAGCCGGAACCGAGCGGUCCUCCUGUAACCUAGUCUUUAGUUUUUA